AUGGAAUUAACUUAUCAUUCAAUACAUUACAUUGAUUUAAUUCGUAGUUUACUUUCACCAUGGGAACCGACUUCCAUUCAAUGUCAUACAUGUAGACAUAUUAGUCAACCAAAAUUAGAUUCAGUUCGUACACAUCUCUCACUAUCCUACGCAGAUCAUGAUCCUUCUCUCUAUGUUACCUUACAUACUAAUCACUUUCAUAGAUGGGGAGUUAAAUAUGCUGAUUCAUAUUUAAAAAUUGAAGGUGAUAAUGGUGUCUUACGUGCACAAAUGGGUCUGCAACUGGAAUAUGGCGAUCAGAAAGAUCAAGAUCAUUUAGAAUUGUGUACAAACGAUAUGAAUGGAAGGUGGGUAGAGAUUCCGUUGAAAGGGAAUCGUUUUCCAGAUUCAUUUUUGGGUCCAAUGGCAUCUGUAAUGAGAAUCGCAAAUCAGGAAACAGAUGAGAUACCAACAUCAGUGGAUGAUGCAUUGAAGACGAUGGUAGUUGUAGAAGCAGCAUAUCAAAGUUCGGCGAAUCAGACAAAAAUUGAAUAUGAUUUGUAG